AACAGAAACUGCUGCCGUCUCUGAAUCCAAAUCCAACUGGUGUUGAAGCUCUGAGACUUUACCUUCUCCUCCCUGAGCUCAUCAGAGGACUCCAGAAACAAAGAACUGAACUCACUGGAGCACUGGCCUCCAAAAUCUGUGAUCUAAAACCUGCUGCUCGCAAUAUGUUAGUUCUUGCAGAUCCGCGUACAGUUCUCUCCUGACCAAGAGAUGCUCAUGUUAAAUGACAACGUGAUGCGCAUAAACAGGGAAUCACUGUUGACAGACACGCUAGAGUAUCUCAGACAAAACACCCACUCAUUUUAUCAUCAGUUACAGGUGGUGUUCAUUGGGGAGAAUGGAAUAGAUUGGAGGGGCUUAUCGGCAGAAUUCUUCACCCUCCUUUCCCAGUCUCUUCUCAAAUGGGAGAAAAGGGUGCUGGAGGUCCAUGAGAAUUCAUUGGUUUGGUUCAAUCCUGAUCACACGCAAGGUAAUAGGGAUUUUUACUAUCUUGGCGUUAUCUGUGGAAUGGCGCUGUACAACCAUCAUUACAUAGACAUUAACUUCCCACUGGCCUUGUUCAAGAAACUGCUCAAGCUGAGUCCCACUCUGAAUGAUCUGGAGGAACUGUCCCCUGUGGAGGCCAGAAAUUUGAAAAACCUUCUUGAGGAGGAUGAGGACGUCGUGGAUAUACUCUUUUUGAAUUUCACAGUCAAAGGGCAAGAGCUCAUUCCAAACGGAGGUCAAAUUCAAGUGACCAAAGUUAAUAGACAGAAGUAUGUGGAUUUGUAUGUCGACUUUGUUUUCAACAAGUCCGUGAAGAAUCAGUUCAAGCAUUUUUCAAGUGGUUUCUCUAAGGGCUGUCCACUCAAAAUCUGGAGAAUGUUCCACCCUGAGGAACUCCAGGAGCUUCUCCAAGGCUCCCCUAAAUAUGAAUGGCAGGAGCUUCAAACGUUGGCUUCCUAUGAAAGAUGUUCUGCCUCUGAUGAGCUUAUCAAGAACUUCUGGACUGUUUUCUUUGAGUUCUCUGAAGAGAAUAAGAAGAAAUUUCUGAUGUUCUUGUAUGGAAGGAACCGUGUACCUGUGGGAGGUUUCUCAAUGUGCUCUCUGAAGAUUUGCCAGUCAGACGGUCCUGAUCCAGAUGACCGUUUGCCAGAGGCCCAGACCUGUUUUGGCAGAUUAAUUCUUCCAAAAUACAGCAAUAUCAACACACUUCGCAACAAGCUAGUACAUGCAAUCAACUUUUGUAAGGUUUUUGGACGAGGGUGAACAACCCCUCGAGGUUCCAAACCCCCAAGGUUCUCAAGCCCAAAAUAUAUGAAACAAGUGUAUGUUGAUAAAACUUGUAGCUGAUUGGUUUUUAAAAUGGUACAUGAAUUAUGUGAUUCACUGAGCUUCUUUGAGUCACAAAUCUGAAAUAUAGAUGCAACACAGCUCAGUCAAUUUAAAUAUUUAUCAUAAAAACUGUAAAUAAUUGUAAAUAAACAAUGUCAAAGCUAUAGAUAUUCUACUUUUUUUUUUUUUUUUUUUUCCCUUUCAUUGGAUGACCUUUAUUGUUUAUGCUUUACAGCUGGUAGGAUAACUGAACUAAAGCAUUUUGUAAUUUUUAUUAUCUCAUAUAAUCAUAUAAAAUAUGAUGCAAUAAUGCAUGUAUUCUAGUAUGUCACUUCAUAACCUUAUUGUAUGCCUGUUAUUUGGUGGUUCUUCAAACAUAUUAAAAUGCUUAAAUAAAUAAAAAGACAAUUUUCUCAA